AUGAAAACAGAGCAGAACCUCAAACCAAUCCUCGCAGUGGCAGUAAUUCUAAAGGUAGACCUGGGAGGGGUUGCAAAAAGGUAUAAAGGCUGGCAGCUGGAGACAUACGGCAACACUGACCCGGGGAGACUCGAGGGGAGGAGGAAGCCGAGACACCGAAACAUGAAGAUGAACCUAAAACUUCUGGUUUGCCCUGGAUUCCUUCUGCUGCUUAUUGCCAGUCGAAACCAGGCAGGGGCCAGGCCCAUCCCCAGCUUGCAGAGUCUGGCCACACUGUUGGAGGAGGACCUGGAGCAUCCUCUGGUUUCCAAAGAGAGGGACCAUGACCAGGACAACCCAAUCCCAACAGGGGGCUUGGAUCAACAAGACGCUGAAUUCCAAUGGACCCGAAAUUCCAGGGAGCAGCCUGAGGGCACGUCUGUGGAUGAAGGUGCCAUCCAGAGGUUCCUCAGUGACCUCCUGAGCUCAUCCCGUUGGUACCGAGGCAGAAGCAAAAAGGGCCUCCCCAGGGGCUGUUUUGGGGUCAGGCUGGACAGGAUCGGGUCGCUGAGCGGGCUGGGCUGCUGA